CGCAUUACGUUAUUACGUCUAUGUGUGAUUGCAUCUUUGCCAAACCUUUUGUCACACAAUUUACUGACUGUAUUGUAAAUAGGGGGGAAGUGCUAUAUCUUGACAUUUACUGUUUAUUGGAUCCGUAAAGUUUCUUUCAUGUGCUAAAUAGAAUACUGAUCUUACUUCCAUUAGUUUAUUCCUCGAUAAUGCUUCGAGUAAUAAGGAUGUUAAACUGAGGACAGCAGAUUCGCUUAAUAAUUACUUUCAUCAUUAUUCAAGCGAUGCCUAUACACAACAUAAUGUCUGCUUAUGAAAACAAUGAUUGUGUAAUUGUUUAAAUUACUCGAAGGAAAAUGUCCGGACAGUCCUCCUCUGAAAAUGAUACUGAUAAAAAAUAUAGUAAUUCGUUAAAAUAUGACGAAACAAACAGUAAGAAUCAUGAUGAAGAUAUAUGCAGACACAAGACUAAGGAAAACAACUCGAAUAUCGGUGAUAAGGAAAAAUAUAAUCGAGAAAAUGAGGUAACAGGCAACACGUGUAUCGAUGAAAACAAGAACAAUGUUUUGCUCGCGUCGAAAAUUCAAAAUAUGAUGAAGAAGAUGGGAUACAAGCCGGGGAAAGGUCUUGGAAAAAAUGACCAAGGUCGUGUUGAACCAGUGGAAACUGUUAUUCAACGUGGUCGGAAAGGAUUGGGACAUUAUAUACACAAGGUUAACAGAAAAAAAUCAAAUAACGGGGAUAUCGUUAAUAACGUAGAGGAGGAGAAUCAAACUCGAGAGAGUGAGACCGCAAACAACGCACAUAUUGAUGAAACCAGGAGCAAUGUGUUACACGCGUUAAAAAUUCAAAAUAUGAUGAAGAAAAUGGGAUACAAACCAGGGAAAGGUCUUGGAAAAAAUGAUCAGGGUCGUACAGAACCGGUGGAAGUAAUUACUCCGCAUGGUCGAAGAGGAUUAGGGUUUAUCGCAUCCCAAAUUUCAAAGAAAAAAGUUGCAAUUCUCAAAAAGGUUCCAAUCGCACCUUCCUCCUUUCCUUCUUCUCCCGCUCCUCCUCCUUUCAAAGACUGAAAAUAUAUGAUUAUUUUAUUUUUUACAUAGGAAGUGUAACAAAAUGUAGCCGAAUGAAAGUGUUCCUUUUAAAGAUUCAGAAUGGUUACUUUUAGUCCUAAUUCUUGUGCAAUCCCAAUUCUCUUGAUUUUGCUCUCUUUUAUUUUAUUUUUCGCUUUCUAAAUCCAUAUCCAUUAUCAGACAAGUAGUUCCAUGCAACUUUUAAUCAGGGACAUGUGAAACUUGGCUAAAAUUAAAUGGUUUCUGAUUUGAUUAUUUAGGCGACUAUUCUGUUGUGGAAUUAUAGGAUGAAUGGAUUUAUUAGAAACUAUUAUACAGUCAAUUUCUUCUUUUUCAGAUUUUCCUCUAUUUCAAGUUGGCUGUGUUUUCUAAAGUAGAAAUUUUUUCUUUGCAUUAUUCUGCACUUAUUCACCUUCAGCCACAAGCUUACAUUGGAGUGAAAAGAUUAAUUAAAGAUAAAAUAAUUUUUGUGCAUACGUUAUUAGAAUGGAAAUCGAGAAAAUUACUAGAUUAUAGAAAUUGCCUGUAAAUUUAUCUGUAAAAUUAUAAUAUUCUUUCUUUUCCUAAGAUGCUCGAUUGUAUAUUAA